AUGUGUGGCCCCUCACCAGCCAACGUCCGCGGUCUCGAUAGACGACAUGACAAGGCAGAGGUCCGCAUCCCUGUCGCAAGGUGUCACUCUACGCAGGCAUUCAUCAGCAGAGUUCCUGAAUCAACAGCCGCCGAGGUGCGGAGUGCCGUCGAGGCUGCAUCGGCCGCGCAGAUGACCUGGCGUGAUAUGCCCAUGGGAAAGACACUGGCCGAUGCAGACGCCGAGUUUGAACGAGGCAUAGACGCCGUAGAGACGGCCUGCUCCGUCGCCAACGACAGCGGCGGAGUGCAUCAUCUCCACCAGGCAGCAGACAUUUACACCAUCAACCAACCUCUGGGCGUUUGCAUAGCGAUAUGCCCCUUCAACUUCCCCUUCAUGAUCCCCCUCUGGUCGACCCCGUACGCACUCCUGGCCGGCAACACCAUGGUUCUCAAACCGUCGGAGCUGGCACCGUCCGCGUCGCAGAUCCUGGCCGAGUGCUUCCUGGGCGCAGGCUUCCCCCCGGGCGUCUUCAACGUGGUGCACGGCAAGAUGCGGGUCGUCAACUCCCUGCUGUCGGAGCCGGCGGUGCGAGCGGUCAACUUCGUCGGGACCGAGAUCGCCGGCGAGCGCGUGUACGAGCACGCGCAGGCGACGCGCAAGCGCAUACAGGCCGAGUGCAACGCCAAGAACCACGGCGUCAUCGUCGGGGACGCCUCCAAGGCCAAGACGCUCUACGCCAUCGUGGGGAGCGCCUUCGGCGCGGCCGGCCAGCGGUGCAUGUCGCUCAGCGUCGUCAUCUUCGUCGGCGAGACCAGGGCCUGGGUCGACGAGCUCGUCGGGCUGGCGGCCUCGCUCGUCGUCGGCUGCGGUCUCGACCCGCUCGUCGAGGUCGGGCCGCUCAUCACGCCCGCGGCCAAGGCACGCGUCGAGGACAUGAUUGCCGGCGCUGUCGAGGAGGGUGCCUCGGUCGCCCUCGACGGCCGGGGCCUCGACGUCCCGGACUAUCCGGAGGGAAACUUUGUCGGCCCCACCGUCCUCACCGGCGUCAAGCCGCACAUGUCGUGCUACCAGGAGGAGAUAUUCGGGCCGGUGCUGUGCUGCAUGGAGGUCGACACCCUGGAUGAGGCGAUCGACCUGGUGAACGAGAAUAAGUAUGGAAACGGAUGCACCCUCUUCACAAAGAACCCGGCCACGGCCCAGAUCUUCCAGCGCUCGGUCAAUGUCGGUCAGGUCGGCAUCAAUGUUCCGAUACUGGCACCAUCAGGUCCUGUCGCGAGGACGGGGAACAAGGACUCGUUCCUAGGA